ACAGGGAGCCACCAGCCGUAACGUGGGGCCCCGAGACAGCUUUCCUGUGUGGUUUCAGCUGCCCCGAGAGCAACAUGGACCUAGGGAAACCCAAGAAAAGUGUGCUGGUGACAGCUCUCCUUGUCGUUUUCCAGGUAUGCCUGUGCCAAGACGAGGCCACAGACGAUUACGUGGGAGAAAACACGACAGUGGACUACACGGGAUUCGAGACCGUGUGCUUCAAGAAGGACGUGCGGACUUUCAAGGCCUUGUUCCUCCCAAUCAUGUAUGCGGCCAUUUGCUUGGUGGGCCUGCUGGGCAAUGCACUGGUCGUGUUGACCUACGUCUAUUUCAAGAGGCUCAAGACCAUGACAGACACCUACCUGCUCAACCUGGCCGUGGCAGACAUCCUCUUCCUCCUAACCCUGCCCUUCUGGGCAUACAGUGCAGCCAAGUCCUGGGACUUCGGCGUCCACUUUUGCAAGUUCAUCUUCGGCAUGUACAAGAUAAGCUUCUUCAGUGGCAUGCUCCUACUUCUUUGCAUCAGUAUCGACCGCUACGUCGCUAUCGUGCAGGCUGUCUCUGCCCACCGCCACCGUGCCCGUGUCCUCCUCAUCAGCAAGCUCUCCUGCCUGGGCAUCUGGAUGCUGGCCGUGGUGCUCUCCAUCCCAGAGCUGCUGUACAGCGGCAUCCAAAGGAGCAGCAGCGAGCAAGCGUUGCGAUGCUCUCUCAUUACCGAGCAUGUGGAGGCCCUGAUCACCAUCCAGGUGGCCCAGAUGGUCGUGGGCUUCCUGAUCCCACUCAUGGCCAUGAGCUUCUGCUACCUGGUCAUCAUCCGCACCCUGCUCCAGGCACGCAACUUUGAGCGUAACAAAGCCAUCAAGGUGAUCAUCGCCGUGGUCGUGGUCUUCAUAGUCUUCCAGCUGCCCUACAACGGGGUGGUCCUGGCCCAGACCGUGGCCAACUUCAACAUCACCCACAGCAGCUGUGAGCUCAGCAAGCAGCUCAACAUCGCCUAUGAUGUCACCUACAGCCUGGCCUGCGUCCGCUGCUGCGUCAACCCUUUCCUGUACGCCUUCAUCGGCGUCAAGUUCCGCAACGACCUGUUCAAGCUCUUCAAGGACUUGGGCUGCCUCAGCCAGGAGCAGCUCCGGCAGUGGUCCUCCUGCCGGCACACCCGGCGGUCCUCGAUGAGCGUGGAGGCCGAGACCACCACCACCUUCUCUCCAUAGAAGGCUCCUCUACCUGCACGAGAGGGACCUCUCCCAGAGCUGCUGUGGUGAGGGACAGGGAACGGGGUGAUGACUCGGGACCCAAACGCUGCCGAGGGAAAGGCAGUUCUUGCUGUUAAGGUUUAUUUCAGAGCGAACGCCCGUGCCUUAGAAGACGGCUUAACCCCAGCCCUGGCUACCUCCACCAAGGUUGAGAAGAGACGUGGCUGAUAGGCUAACGCCAGAACGAGGAACUCACCAAAGCCAAGGCUGUUGUCCUGCAAACUAAAAAGUGAAAGUCAAGAAACAAGUCACACCUCCUGGAGUGAAGGGGAAGGGGUUGGUGAGAGCUAGGGUGGCCGAGGUGGGCUGGCAAGUUCUCUGAAUGUACUUUCUUCCGACUUAGAGAGAAGCCCUCUCAGUCCAAAAGCUGAGGCCGAGUCUUCCGGAAAACAAGUCUUUGUCCCAAACGAGAGGUGGUGGAGAGAGGGGAAAGGGAACCUCAAGGGUCAAACUAACUUUCUCUGAUCCCCCACUCCAUCUCUCCUUUUCCACUGUCGUCAAAGCCAGCAAGAAAUGGCAGCCCCCAGACCACGCUAGCUGCCUCAGCCCAGCCCAGCCCAGCACCCCCCAGCUGGGGCUCUGGACGGGGUGAGAUGUGGUCAGCGCUUCUCGGGCCUGGCUCUGAUGGCUGGGAAGAGAGGGCAGGGAGAAAGGUUAGGGGAAGGGGGGUGGAGUACUGUGCUGGCUGAGAACGCCAGUGAACUUAUUUUUUUCCUUUGUUAUCGGGGCAGAAAAACUCCCAUCGUGUUCUGCUUUCAAUUCAAUAAGAGAAUUGAAUAAAAGUUUCCCCUUGAGGAAACAACAGCUUUAAAAGAAAGGAAAAAAUCUUUUGUAAAAGGCAAA